CUCCUGUAUUGCUUACGUCUUUAGGGGCUUAUGAUUCGCAGAGGAUAUAUGCGCGAGUCUUGCGCCCUUUGCAACAUCUUGUGCACGUCCAUCUCGGUAUCUACCUCUCUGACGAGAUGUUGAGUUACGACCACAUCGACCACGCGAAGGGCGAGCAGUUUCCUUUUGGCCCCGAGGACUGUCUGUUGUGCGAGGAGCUGUCGGAGGCAGUGGCGUUGCGGGAAUUAGGCGCCGCGCUCGAAUUUGCGCAGAUGCUCAAAGGCCUCCGGAAGGUCGGAU